UGUGGAUACUAGUAUUAUAGCAUCAGUUUUUGAUGGAUAUAGUUUCAGAACGCUUUAAGCAUAUUCGUGAUGAAGAAUUAUAAAGAAAAAAAAAGAGAAAACAACAUGUAAUAUUCGGAAUGUGCCGUGUAGAAGAUGUGUUAUAUCGUGGACCAAGUAUUUCAUGAUAGCGAAUCUACACUUUGUGUCUCAAGGUCAACAAUGACCCAUUUGAUUAUUCUUCAUUAGUUUAUUUUCUGUAAUAGCUCAACUGGACGUUUCAUACUCCAUGUCACCUUCCAGAGUGGAUGAAGAAUUUCCAUCACCUUUCUGUUGGAGAACUUUAGAGUUCAAUAGAGCUGAAGGUGCUGUUUUCAAAGCUGAUGCUUUUUAUUUGCAGUGGGUAAGACCAUAAGAAAGAUGCGAAGCAGUCUUCGAAGGCCUCAAAAAACAGAUUUUGACCUGAACACUCUGAAAUCCUAUUUGGAUUCGUUGAAAAACGUUUUAUUUCAUACAGAGUGUUUUUUUUUGUAGAGACCUGUAGGAAGGUCCUGGACAUUCAAAGCCUUCUCUGUAGAUAUAUUCGAAAAAUGUUCUACUUGGGUGAAACUUACGCAUAAUGAUUUUUACAGUGGACAAUAGUUAUAGUUUUGUACGCGUGUUCCAGCGAGCUUUUUUAUUCAAACAUCUGGUUCGAUAUUAUUUUUCUGAUCGUAUCAUACCAUUUGUAACUUAAAACUUGAUGCCCAAUGCAUCGCUUUUAUCUCAACUGCCAUACUUGUCAGCCAAUUUUACUUUGCUUUUGAAUUAUAAAGAUCAGUUUUAGUAUAAAAAACAUUGUUUGAGUUCAAAAGAAAGUAAUGUUCGUUAAUUAGUGUGAAACUAGGACUAUUGAUGGCUUGUAAAUUAUUUCUGCAGGCUUUGGCUUCAGUUACAUGUUCAGGCUUGGCCCUCAGAGAUAUCUGCAAAAAUGAAUUCCAACCAAAAACUAUUUUGACAGUGUAAUUACCAUUUGGGACAUAAACAACGGUUCUUCGAUACCCUUCUAAAUAGAACCGGUAUUUCAUCUGGCAGCACAUUACCGAAUCCCAGCUCCUUUAUAUCAUAAAACUUCACUCAAACUGUAAACGAAGUAUCGAUGACUCAUAAGCACUUCCGGAUUUUAAAAUGAUAGCCCUUUAGGGCGUUCCUAUAAUCCGACCCACUACUCUUAAUAACCACCAACAUCUACUGCAUCUUUCCUUACUAUCGUGCUUUGCGUUUUCACCUGUCCCAUUGCUUUCAGAGAUCGCACUAACACAUUCGGCCCAGUAAUCGCGUAACAACCAGAAGACCACUGACAUCGAUGGUCUCCUGCGAACAAAUAUCCCGUCAUCAACAACGUACCAACACUUCCAAUAAUAUCGUACACAAUGCGCCGAUAACUACAGGACCACGCACAUAAAAGACGACUCUUCCCGAAGCACUUCGCUACCCAAGCAUACUUCCGCAUAGUGGUCUUUCAGAAUCCAAGGAUACAUCUUAGAGUGUCACAUCAGUACCCAAGAGUAUGUCGCUAUAGCAGCACUUGAGAACCAGAAGGCAUCCCCAUCUCGUGCCACUUGAGAAUCCAAGAGUACCCCCUAAUAGUAGGACUUGUGGACCCAAGGGUACUCCCCAAAAGUAGGACUUGAGGACCUAAGGGUACCUCCAAUAGUAGGACUUGAGGACCCAAGAGAACCCUCUAAUAGUAGGAUUUGAAGACCCAAGGGAAUCCCCCAAUAGUAGGACUUGAAGACUCUAAGCUACUGGCUUGAUGAUGGUAGACAUUCACUUUAUCGUUCCCAGAUCGUCAUCCGAGAACAAUAAUCUCCCACCCCUAGCUCUAAGACUAUGACAAGCUACCGUAAAAACAUGAGCCAAAUCAUCGAUUUUGAAACUUCAAUCUCCUUUCAUCUUUAUCAUAUGGAUAAUUGCUGAAGCAGUUCUUUGGAUGCAUGAGGAAUCAUGAAAUCAAUCUUAACUUUACCUAAGUUUCGGCUCAGAAUACAGUAUUUCUGGAGAUAGUUCACUUUUAGGAUUUUUGCAAAUCCUCAAACUUUGGAUCAAUUACUCUACUAUUUGAGAUUGGUUGGUAUAAAGUUGGCAACUCUUUUGCUUAUGCAUGACAUCCGAUUCUUUUUACAAGCUGACUAAAAAUGACUGCAAGGAAAACUAAACCCGAACUCGACCUUCGAGACCGAACCCGAACCCGAACGUUCGGGUUUCGGUGCAUGCCUAGGUGUGGGUGUCACUGUGGGUGUGGAUGUGGAGUGUGGCUGCUAGUAUAAAUGAAUUAUCCACGCAUCCUUUAUUUUUAGCAUAUUAAACAUUUUCAUAUAUAACCAACGGCAUCUGUACUUCAUAUAGAACCAGAUGAAAAACGAAUUAAUCAUCCAUUAUAUAAAAUCUAUAAUAAUGCUUCCGAAACAUCAUCAAUAAUAAGUUCAGGUAAUGAUAAUGGAUAUCAUGUAAUUAAUCAAGAAUAUAUUGAAGAUGAUUUUAUUCAAUCAUCAUCAACAUUAAAUAAUCAAAAUGAAACAACUGAAUAUAUAUACAAAUGUUCACUAUGUGAUUAUCAAUCAAAUAUAACAUUAAAUUGGGCGUGGAUGUGUGUGGGGUGUGGGUGUUAG